AUGAAGACACCUGAUCAUGGUACUGCUGACAAGAAGAUUCUUGCCAAAGAGACUACAUUUUUCAGAGAUAAGAAACUUGGAGAUGCAGGAGUGACAUUGGCAACUUGUAUUGUGACCCUUCGUCAUCAAAACAAUCAGUUACCUGUUGACAAAAAGCAGAGUUCAAGCGGUGUCAAGUACUAUUUCAAGUAUCUUUCUGAUUGCAAGCACAGCCUUCAUCUGGAAGACUAUGUCAUUAUUCAACAACAGAAGGCGGUCUUGAAGAGUACCACCGCCACUCUUCAACAAGUGAUGGACACAGCUGAAGCUAUUGAAUUUGAAGCAUUGAAAAGGCUAGAUGAGCUACUAGAAGGCAUAGAUCCCAAUGUUGCAAUGAAUGAAAGAAAAUCCAGGUUAAGCAAAGAAGAACUAUGUUCGAAUGGGGAAACGAGUUUGAGCCUACAUGAAGUAAAUGGCAAGCAAGGUGAUGUCCGAUGCCCCUUAACCAAAAGGAGACGAUAUCUUGGAACUGGCAUUUGUUCCUCAAGGCAAGAUUGCUAG